AUGUGCUCCUCCCCCAAUGACGGCCAUGGCGGGCACAUCGUGGACAUCACCGCCACCAUCAGAGCAUCGCUGCCCACGUGGCUGAGCGAGACCGGGUUGGGCGAGGGGCAUCGCACGGAGACCUGGUCCAUGCUGAACGGCGACGAUGCGAACGCGUCUGAGCUGACGUUCAGCGCGCACACUGGGACCCACGUGGACGCGCCGAGGCAUUUCGUCCCCUGGAAGAACCAGCAGGGGAUGGAGACGGUGGAUAUCGGCGCCAUGAACGGACCGGCGCUGCUCAUCGAGGCGUACGAUGUGCCCGUGCUGAACAGGGAGGCGCUCGAGGCGUUGGGCAUCCCCAACGCGGUAUCGAGGCUCAUCAUCCGCACGGACAACACCCGGCGGAAACUGAUGCACACCACGGCAUUCACCCCUGACUACGUGGCCUUCGACACGGAGGGAGCCAAGUGGCUGGUGGAGCACAGGCCGGACAUCCGAGCGAUAGGGAUUGACUACCUGUCCGUCGCUGCGCUGGACCACCUGGCGGAGGCGCACGUCGCUCUGCUGGACCACGGCAUCGUGCCAAUCGAGGGUUUGGUCCUGGACGAGGAUAAGAUCGACGUUGGUUGGUGGUGGCUGCACUGCGCCCCAUUGAAGGUGGAAGGGAGCGACGGGGCACCGGCGAGGGCAUGGCUGACCCCGGUGAACGACCCAGCAGGUGCAAAGAAACCGCCGAGGAAAUGCGGGCAGUGA